AUGCAGAAACCAUGUUACCCACGGAUAGUGGGUCCACUUUUAGAAUCUUUCAUAUUUGUUGGAAUGUAUUUAUUCCGUACUUUCAGAUGUGCGGAGAGACAUUAUGAUGCUAACAAAUUUAAUUGCAGAGUCGCACAAUAUCCUUUUGAAGACCAUAAUCCACCGCAGCUAGAACUCAUUAAGCCAUUUUGUGAAGAUCUAGACCUCUGGUUGAGUGAAGAUGAUAAUAAUGUUGCAGCAAUCCAUUGCAAAGCUGGAAAAGGACGGACAGGAGUAAUGAUCUGUGCUUAUUUGCUUCAUCGUGGCAAAUUUUUAAAAGCACAAGAAGCCCUAGAAUUCUAUGGUCAAGCAAGGACUAUAGAUAAGAAGGGUGUAACGAUUCCUAGCCAGAGGCGCUAUGUAUACUAUUACAGCUACCUUUUGAAGCACAGAUUGGAUUACAAGCCAGUGGCAUUACUGUUUCACAAGAUGCAAUUUGAAACUGUUCCGAUGUUCAGUGGCGGAACAUGCAACCCUAUGUUUGUGGUUUCGCAGCUGAAAGUGAAGAUCUUCACUUCCUCUUUGGGACCGACCAGGCGUGAAGACAAGUACAUGUAUUUUGAUUUUCCUCAACCUCUACCAGUGUGUGGAGAUAUUAAAGUGGAAUUCUUCCACAAACAGAACAAGAUGAUGAAAAAGGAUAAAAUGUUCCAUUUCUGGAUAAAUACAUUCUUCAUCCCACAACCAAAUGAGAACUUAGAUAAAGUAGAAAAUGGCAGCAUAGUUACAGACAAGGACGAUGAUGGUUGGCGUACAGAUAAUGACAAAGAAUAUCUGGCCCUUACAUUGACUAAAAAUGAACUUGACAAGGCAAAUAAAGACAAGGCCAACAGAUACUUCUCACCAAAUUUCAAGGUUAGUAUUUUUUUUUCUUCUAAGAAACGAACAUGUUUACAUUACGCUGUCCGGAGAAGAUUUUCCUUUCUGGACUACUUGCUGAUCAUUAUCUUGAUGCCUGUCCUGCUUCUGGGCUACAUUAUAAUGGAAUCAAAGAAGAGUCGGAACGAAGCAUUGAUCAAGAUGUUGUUGAAUGCUAAAGUGGAUAUAAAUGCAACUGACAAUAAAGGUAAUUCAGCACUUCAUUAUGCCUGUCAAAUGAAGAAUAAAAGGAUUGUUUCAAUUCUCACUCGAGCAAAUGCAGAUGCAUCUAUUGCUAAUAAGGCUUCUAUGUAA